GCGCGUGCUCCGGAGGACGCCGCACCCGCCUGGAGGCCCUGGACGCUGCUCCCCAAGCUCCACCGCACCAUGGCCCCGAAGCUGCUGCUCUUCCUCUGCCUGUUCUCGGGCUUGCACGCGCGGUCCAGAAAGGUGGAAGAGGAUGAAUAUGAGGAUUCAUCAUCAAACCAAAAGUGGGUCUUGGCUCCAAAAUCCCAAGACACUGAUGUGACUCUUAUUCUCAACAAAUUGCUGAGAGAAUAUGAUAAAAAACUGAGGCCGGAUAUUGGAAUAAAACCGACUGUAAUUGACGUUGACAUCUAUGUUAACAGCAUUGGUCCUGUUUCAUCAAUAAACAUGGAAUACCAAAUUGACAUAUUUUUUGCUCAGACCUGGACAGACAGUCGCCUUCGAUUCAACAGUACUAUGAAAAUACUCACUCUGAACAGCAACAUGGUGGGAUUAAUAUGGAUUCCAGACACAAUCUUCCGUAAUUCUAAAACUGCAGAGGCUCACUGGAUCACCACCCCCAAUCAGCUACUCAGAAUUUGGAAUGAUGGGAAAAUCCUUUAUACUUUAAGGCUCACUAUAAAUGCAGAAUGCCAGCUGCAGCUGCACAACUUCCCCAUGGAUGAGCACUCCUGCCCUCUGAUUUUCUCCAGCUAUGGCUACCCCAAAGAAGAGAUGAUUUACAGAUGGAGAAAAAAUUCAGUUGAGGCAGCUGAUCAGAAAUCCUGGAGGCUUUAUCAGUUUGACUUUAUGGGACUCAGAAACACGACAGAAAUUGUAACAACAUCUGCAGGUGAUUAUGUUGUCAUGACCAUAUAUUUUGAAUUGAGUAGAAGAAUGGGAUACUUCACUAUUCAAACAUACAUUCCCUGUAUACUGACUGUGGUUUUAUCCUGGGUGUCAUUUUGGAUCAAAAAAGAUGCUACACCAGCAAGAACAGCAUUAGGCAUCACCACAGUGCUGACCAUGACCACGCUCAGCACCAUUGCCAGGAAUUCCUUGCCCCGUGUGUCCUAUGUGACUGCCAUGGAUCUCUUCGUGACCGUUUGCUUCUUAUUUGUCUUUGCUGCUCUGAUGGAGUACGCCACCCUCAACUACUAUUCAAGUUGUAGAAAACCAACUACCACUAAGAAGAAAACAUCGUUAUUACAUCCAGAUUCCUCAAGAUGGAUUCAUGAGAGAAUAAGCCUACAAGCCCCCUCCAACUAUUCUCUCCUCGACAUGAGGCCACCACCACCUGCAAUGAUCACUUUAAACAAUUCUGUGUACUGGCAGGAAUUUGAAGAUACCUGUGUCUAUGAGUGUCUGGAUGGCAAAGACUGUCAGAGCUUCUUCUGCUGCUAUGAAGAAUGCAAAUCAGGAUCUUGGAGAAAAGGGCGUAUUCACAUAGACAUCUUGGAGCUGGACUCAUAUUCCCGGGUCUUUUUCCCUACAUCGUUCCUGCUCUUCAACUUGGUCUAUUGGGUUGGAUACCUGUAUCUCUAAAUGUUGCUAUGGUGAUGAGUGAAGAGCACUAGGUUUCCCUCUUUACCUUUCACCCUCCCCAGACCAGUAGUGACCAACUGCAGUAGGAAGGAAGGACACUGCUCAAUUUAUCUGAAGUUAUACAUUACCUUUGAGCAGUACAGGAGUAUGUGGCAAAUAUUUCUAUUAUGUAUUUCACACUCACACACAUGUGUGCACACACACA